AGGGGACGAGAAAAUAGAAGAAAAGGUCAAAGCUUCGAGAGGCAAUGGUCGAUUGAUUUUGAUUCUUCCUCAACAAGCUUAUCGCAAAGAAAAAGCAACAAUGGCUGUUUCUCCAUGUUCGAGCGGAACCGAUCAGAAGAAACACUGGUGGAUUACCAAUAGAAAGCUUGUAGAUAGGCACAUUAAGGAUGCAAGGUACCUUAUCUCAACGCAAGAACCAAAUGGAAUCGCUUCUGCCCUCGUUCUUCUUGAUGCAGCUUUGACCCUCUCGCCUCGCUUCGAGAUCGCUCUGGAACUCAAAGCGAGAUCUCUGCUCUAUCUGAGGCGAUUCCGGGAAGUUGCCGACAUGCUUCAAGAUUACAUUCCCAGUCUCAAAAUGUCAAGUGAGGACUCUGGCUCGGUUUCCUUGGAUAACUCGUCUCAACAGUUUUCAAGGGAGCGAGUCGAGCUUCUCGCUUCUAGUAACUUGUCCUCUGACUCAUUUGGUCUUGACCCAUCUUUCAAGUGUUUCUCUGUCUCGGACUUGAAGAAGAAAAUCAUGGCUGGGUUGGGUAGAAAUUGCGAGAAAGAAGGGCAAUGGAGGUACUUGGUUCUAGGCCAAGCAUGUUGUCACCUAGGCUUAAUGGAGGACGCCAUGGUACUACUCCAAACAGGCAAGCGCCUCGCCUCGGCCGCAUUCCGCCGUGAAAGCAUUUGCUGGUCCGAUGACAAUUUCUCCCUCCCUGCCAUUGUCACCACAUCGGGUAUCUCCUCUGCUGUCACGACUCCUCCACGCAAUGUCCGCUCUGUUUCCCCGUCCGAAAACAUUUCCCACCUUCUAUCCCACAUCAAGCUCCUCAUCCGCCGUCGAACCGCGGCUAUCGCCGCCUUGGAUGCUGGUCUACACUCCGAGGCAAUCCGACAUUUCUCCAAGAUCGUUGAUGGUCGCCGCCCUGCCCCUCAGGGCUUCCUUGCAGAGUGUUACUUGCAUCGAGCCACUGCCUACAGGGCCGCAGGUCGCAUAGCCGAGUCAAUCUCCGACUGCAACAAGACCCAUGCUCUGGACCCUACUUCCAUUCAAGCGCUUGAAACCAGGGCCUCCCUUUUGGAAACCAUACAUUGUUUGCCCGACUGUUUACACGACCUUGAACACUUGAAACUCCUUUACAAUUCCAUCUUGCGAGAUAGGAAGCUACCAGGUCCUACCUGGAAGCGUCACAACGUAAGGUACAGGGAGAUUCCGGGGAAGCUUUGCGCGUUAACGGCUAAAAUUCAACGAUUGAAGCAAAGGGUGGCUUCUGGGGAGACUGCAAAUGUUGAUUACUAUGCAUUAAUUGGUCUGAAACGUGGGUGCUCGAGGUCUGAAUUAGAGCGUGCACAUUUGCUGUUAUGUUUAAGGCACAUGCCGGAUAAAGCUAUCAACUUCAUCGACAGAUGCGAGUUGGCCGAUGAGCACGAUCUCGACUCGAUUAAAGAUAGAGCCAAGAUGUCGGCUUUGCUUCUUUACAGAUUGCUUCAAAAGGGGUAUUCGAACGUGAUGUCUACUAUUAUGGAUGAAGAAGCGGCUGAAAAACAAAGGAAGAAAGCUGCGGCUGCUUUACAAGCUGCACAGGCUGCAAUUCAAGUGCAGCAAACCCAGUAUUCUACAAAUUCAUCAGAUUUUUCAGCUUGCAAUGACACGGUUAAUUCGAUUGAAAACAAAACAACAACAAGCAUUUCCAAUUCAAAUGCGUUUCAAGGUGUAUUUUGCAGGGAUCUUGCUGCAGCUGGGAACCUGCUAUCACAAGUCGGGUUUAAUCGUCCAAUUUCAGUGAAUUAUGAGGCACUGAGCUGCUGAAUAUUGCCUGGAAAUAAAUGACGGAUCAUUUAUAAAUAGCUUCUCGUAAUGUUUCCCGGUAGAGUACAUUUUCUCAGUUUGUAAAGAAAAGAUCCAUUUUUUCUCUGCCGGAAAAUUUUGUCAUCCCUACUACAUGUACAGUAUUUUUCAUUAUUGAAUAUCU